CGACUAUCUUACCUACCGAAUCGAGUAGGUUACUCUCAGCAUCGACUACCUUACCUACCGAAUUGAAUAGCUUAUCGACAGCAUCGACUACCUUACCUACUGACUCGAGUAGGUUAUCAACAGCAUCGACUACCUUACCUACGGAAGUGGAAAGCCACAAUAAUAACGUCAAAAGGCAACCUAUAUUUAACAUAACUAUAACAACCGAUACCGUUCUUGAACAGACCAAAACUAAAGAAAGUACUCGCACGUCGACCACAACUGUAACAUCGACUUCCAGAAACCCCACAGAAAAUCUGUCGACUUCUGUGGGCACGAAUGGUAGAGACAACGAAGAGAAGGAUCCCAAACCUAUAACGCAACAGCUGCGUCAACGUGGUAUACCGAAAUACACCGAAUCCACGACAGCUUUUUCGAUCACUGAUCGUCAAGUGACACGCGUAAUUAGAAACAGGAUUGGAGUUAGAAGGAGAAUCAGAACCACAACUCCUCCAACUAUCCCGGAACAAACGGAAAUAGAUUUAUCGAGAGCAGAUGCUACAUCUUCCACGAUUCCAACUCCUACAGAAUUUUCGUUGACUACUCCCUUGCAGUCGAAUGAUUAUACGACUGGAGAACCCUCGAUCAAUGAUUCCCCAGCGAUGACAACUACCAAUUCUUCUGAAUUAUUAAUCGAUGUUACAAAUUCAAACGCAACUAAAUUGACAAGCGUUCUUUCACCUACCACAAGUGGUUAUUCUAUUUCCUCGAACGCUGUAUCCGAGAAAGCAAGUACUGUAACUUUGCAUGAAGCCACUACAACUUAUAUUGCUAUAAAUGAUACAUCAGAGUCGGUGAUAGAGAAGUUAAAUACCCGAAAUCCUGGGCCAAGUUCAGAGGCAACCCAGGAGAUCGUUACAGCAACGCAGAGUGUCCAAAAUAGAGGAAACUCAACGAGCGAUCAAGAGAUGAUUACGUCAACAACGAUCGCAACGCCAUCUUCAACCUCUGUCGAUAAGUCUACGACUACACUGGUUAGGCGUACCAACCGUGGUCGACAGAAGAUCAAGUUCGACUCGGAUCACGAGUUUGGUCGCAGGGGGAAUCGUCAUCGGGGUAGACCGUCUGUCGACACCAAGGAAAACUCGUCGAAAAAGGUGACGAGACCUCAACAGCCUCGACGACGCGUAACCAUUUACAGAGGGCGACAACGCAGGCCUGUGAACGGCUCUGCUACAGUUCCUCGCACACCUAACAAUUCCCACAAUCACGAAAAGCCAAAAGUGGUCGAAGCCAUUCAGACGAGGGCAAAUAACUCGGUGGAAAAUCCAAACGACGAAGGAGAGGUGAACAACGGAAAGAAGCUCGUGCCAUACGCGAUCGAAACGAAUGUCCAUGGUGAAGAACUUCCGGUCGAGAAAGCUAUCGAUCGAGCCAAACCUGAGGUGAAUUCCUCUAAGUCUACGGUAAUGUCUCCGCGAAUACCAGGAAGUCUUCCGUCGACCAGGUUGCGGAAACCAACUCCAGUCACUUUGACAUCGUCACAAAACAAGUCUUCCAACGCGCUUGCGAACAAUCGGAAGAAUCGUCCGACCGAUGGAAACGAAAAACUCGAUACCGGGAUGAAUACAACGGAAUUGCCGAUAUCUGAGAAAGAUAUCGAUCAAAGUAGUCGGGCUCAAGAGAUCGCGGUGACCUUGGCGGAUCCUCCGACUUCACAAUCAUCGUCCACCGGUCGACCAUCGUUAAGGAAUGCUCUAAGGCGCAGGAUAAGCACUACGCUAGCACCUAGAACAGACGCGACAACGAGUAGGACUACCAUCGGGUUCGCGGCGAUUCGCGGAGAUCGACACAAGCCAAAGACGAAGGAUACACCUCAACAGAACGUAACGACGAGACCUAGACGGCCGCAGGUUAUUGACUAUGAUUAUUACGAGGACGAGGAAGAGCCUGUGAUCGCCAAGUCCACCUAUAACGGGAAGCUAUUCCUCACGAACAAGGGUAACAUCCGUUGUCUUGAUCAAGGGAAUUUCCCGCAUCCGUACUCCUGCAAAAAGUUCAUCACUUGCGCGAAAAUGGUGAACGGUUUGGUGGUCGGUGCUGAAUACACCUGUCCUGAUAAACUGUCGUACGAUCCGGUUGGAGGCAUUUGCAACUGGUCCGCUGGACUCGGCUGCAAAGAGUAACGCGUUAUUAAUUUUCACUGUUUUCGCAAUCAGAUUUACGAGAUCGAAAUACGAAAUUUUAAGUGGAAAGAAACGAAACAAGGUGAAGCAUUUUAAACGGAACAAUACAUGGUAAGCUUCAAGAGGGACAUAAUUUGAUGUCACUAGAUCUUUGAUAGGUGAAGGUGUCUAUUUACGCAGGUGUAAUAAUUGCUUUGUUGUUUCUCCAUUGGCGAAACUAAUAAUCGGAACGACAACCCUUUUGAACAGUGAUGGGCAAAACCCUAGGCUUCGAAUAAAUCUGAAGUUUGCCGAUGUGUUUGUCUCGAUUCCUUCUGUGGAAAAUGUUCAAAAGAGAAAACGAGACAAACAUAUUGGUAAACUUCAGAUUUAUUCGAAGUCUAGGGUUUUCCCCAUUUAUGCUUUUGAACCAUUUCUUGGCCCACUUUCAAUGGUAUUAUUAAAAGUCGCUGCGAUGGAAACUAAUUUACUGCAGAGAUCGAUCAAACAAUUUCAUGUCAUCUAUAAUUGUUGCAGUCAAAAAUUCUGAAAAAAUUCACAAACACAUACGCCGUGGAGUAGAAUAUACCGAAUUUUUUUCAAAAUCAUUGGCACAAUACAACAAAAGAUAUACAGUAAUUCCAUCAUUUCUAUUAAAAACAAAUAUUUUCAAACUUUUCGCAUUUUUUCCUUUAUAAUUGUUUAUACAGAAAUAUCUUGGAUAUCGGUAAAGUUUGUUACUCGGAAUAAUCUUCAUUUCUGUUUAUGUUUACUCGUUGACUAUCCCCUUCGAAUAGUCCGUUGAGGUUUGACCAAUUCCGAUAAAAAAUUCCCUGCUGUGCUUCGCGCAUUAACAAUUGGUAGUCCCAAUUUUCGAAACAUUACUGUAUAUCGUUUUUGCAAUCACUAUACAAAUCAUAGUAUGUAAACAGACGUUCGAUCAUUAUAUCCAUGAAUAUUCGUAUUAGUCUGCUGUCUGCUACCGACCAAAAUGCUUUGUAAUAAAAACUUCUACAAUGUGUUAUACGAAAACGGAAAAAAUUGAUAUAAUUUGUGCAUUUGUAGUGGAUGCUGAAAGAUUUCCUGAUCGUAGUGUAUUUUAUAUAUACGUGCAGUGGCAAUGUGCAUCGCAAAUAAAUUAAUCACUGAAGUGUUUCGAUCGGUUUUUUGAGGUAAAUUAUUUUCCAUCGUACUUGACCUUGAACGACCUUCGAUAACCCUUGACCAUACAGGUAAUUGUACACGUUUUAAAAUGUUUUGUUGAAAAGUAAUUAAAAGACACCUCGUUCCAUAAAAAAAAAUUAAGUUGACUUUCACAUCUUGUCUAUAGCUCAACCUACUAAAAAAUAUUGACAUUAGGUUAUGUUAUCCUUAAUACCAAGCAAGAUUGGUAUGAUUUUGUUCUAUCGUUUCGUUUUGUACAAAGUGACACGAUUUCCAUAUCGAUUGUUCGUGCAAUGGAGCGAUAUCACUUUAAUGCUUAUGAACGCAGAUAGCCAUAAUCGAUGGAAACAAUAAAUGGUGAUAUCAUCAUUAAAACGUUUCUUCGUGUAAAUAUUCUAGAGUUAUUGUAUAUAAGUAGAAUUAGCUUACGCUAUCGCGUAACGUAUCGACGAUGUAUUAACUUAUGCGUUCUAGUGCACCGUUCAACAUCGAAAAAUGCUCUUAAUCGUGCCUUCAUUUUUUCUUUUUUUCUUUUUAUAAAGUACAUGCAGGGCCGGUUUUAGCAAUAUUGGCGCCCCGGGCAAGAUUAUCGUGGCGCCCCUUCAGGGGUAUAUACAGGGUGUCCCAAGAAUGUUGUAACACCUUGAAAGGGGUGGUUCAGGAAGUGAUUUCAAACAACUUUUUCCUUAGCGAAAAUGUCCGAGGUUUCGUUAAGGAGAUAUUAAGCGAAAACCCCGACCAAUCAGAACGCGAGUAUGCCGGUUGAGCGGAGGCUACACGAUAGGUGGUCGCGCUCAUACGCUACCGCAGGCGUUCCAACGGUAUACGCGCGCUCUGAUUGGUCAGUGUUUUCCGUUAGUAUCUCCUUAACGAAGCCUCGGACAACAUUUUCGCUAAGGAAAAAGUUAUUUCAAAUCACUUCCCGAACCACCCCUUUCAAGGUGUUACAACAUUUUUGGGACACCCUGUAUAUCGGUAUAUUCGUAUACUAAGGACACCGGACUGCAACGCUCCCAAAAAUCUGGCGCCCCGGGCAGUUGCUCGACGGCGUUACCCCCCCCCCCCCCCCCCCCCAAACGCCGACCAUGAGUACAUGUAGGUACUUACUUUCGAGUCUAUCCCUAACGAGCAAUUUACAGUUGUAAAUUUAUGUACGGCGAAAGUUUUUGUAUUCGGAAUAAAAGCAUCGUUUAACCACACUGUUAGAAAUUUUUAUUUAAAUAUCCUUCGUUAUAUCGCCCGCGUGAUAUGACGCAUACUGGGUUAACUUUUGGAAACAAUAUUCCAAGCCUUGUCGCCAUUACACCAGUAGAAAAAGUUGAGCGAGUUUCCCUUCCUUUUCAAAGGCUUAUUGUUGGUUCGUUUUUUUUCCUUUCUCGUGUUCCGAUUUUACAAUACCGAGUUCGUCACGAGCUUAGUAAGAUGAAAUUUGGCAAAACUAGAAUAGAAA